UCUCUCUCUCUCUCUCUCUCUCUCUCUCUCUCUCUCUCUCUCUCUCUCUUUGCCAGAGACAAGAUCAGAAGGAGGCCAAGGGAGGAUCUGAAUCUUCCUCCAGACACACAGAGCUUAUCCACCAAAGCUAGUAACCCUAGACAGAACCACAGACAUAACACCAAAAGCAGGCAAGGCCUUAUAAAUCCCAUUAAGGCCUUUUCCAUCCAUUCAGAGAGGAGAAGAAGCAGCCAAAAAAGAAGUGGGGUGUGUAUUCUUUUUCUCAGGCCCCUUCUUUAUCCUGAAUUAUGCACCUGUGAAAUGGGAAUGAAGAGCACAGAAGGAGAGAUUGUCCAGGUCCAAGGAGGCCACAUAGUUCGGGCGACCGGCCGAAAGGACCGCCACAGCAAGGUUUACACUGCGAAAGGCCCCCGGGACCGCCGUGUCCGGUUGUCGGCUCACACCGCGAUUCAAUUUUAUGAUGUCCAAGACCGGCUUGGCUACGACCGCCCCAGCAAGGCCGUGGACUGGCUCAUCAAGAAGGCGAAGGCGGCCAUAGACAAGCUCGCCGAGCUGCCGCCUUGGCAGCCAAACUCCGGCUCUGUCCCUCCCACCACCGCCGCCCCAGAGAGCGUAGCACACAAUGGGAAUUCGGCCGAGAUGGGGGUUGCGGAGGAUUCAGAGCCUCCCGAGUACAAUUUUCAGCUCCAUAGGCAAAUCAGUGCCGAUUCAAGAAACACAACAAGCCAAUUCUUGCCACCGCAGCUGGAGAACGAUCAGUCCAUGUUGGAGACGAUGAGGUCGUUCUUCCCGACGAGCUCGGCCGCAUCAUCCAUCAAUUUCAGCAGCUACCCAUCCGAGAUUAUGUCGAGGAGCACCCAGCAGAACCAAGACCUUGGCCUUUCCCUACACUCUCUUCAGUCUCAAUCUGCUCUAAUUCACCAUAGCGAUCCACAAGAGAAUGAAAUGAGCCAAAACCUUUUCUCGACUUCAGCACCUAUGGUGUUCGAAGCCGGGUUUCAGAGAAUGAUGGGCUGGAGCACCGACCCAACUGGCACGGACAACCGGAAUGGCAGCAGGUUUCUGUUCAACUCGCCGAUGCCAUUGACGCAGCCUUUGCCGCUGCUGAGCCAAGGCUCGGCAGCAUUUCCACAAAGGGGAACCCUUCAGUCCAGUUUCGCACCGACUUUUCGCUCUCUCGAUGAGUUUUCUGUGGACUCAGCUGACCAUCACAAGUCGCAGGUCAUCCAUCACCCGUCUUCGAUCUUCGGCAACAGGUUCGUCUCGGACGGGCUGCCCAGCUUUUGCAUUUCUUCGCAAAUUCAGAACAACGGGGCACCGCGCGAUGUCAUAUCCUCGAGGCCAUCAUCUUCUGCUUCUCUGAGUAAUGGUCGUUGAUUGAAGAGAGGAAGUCCUCAUCUUUAUCACUACUGAGGACUUUGGCGAUGGGAGCUGUAGAACCAGUCCACAUGCUGACCAAACCAGAGAGGAGAUUCUCGUCAAGUCAAGAGAAGAUCAUAUCAGGCUUGUUUCAAUCGUCUAGAGGGUCUCCUCUCCAAUCAAUUCCCCAGCCAUACCCUACUUUAUUAAUUUUGCUGCAAAUGGUUUAAGUAGGUUUUCUUGCAUCAGCUUGAUUUGUCGUCUGGAAUGUGUUUUGAUCUUGCAUGCUGAGCUCACCUAGAAAGAGCUCAAAAUACUUUUGAAUGGUGAUUACAAUUACACAGAUUCUUGUCGAGCGAAGAAUAUUCUCUUCUCGUGCCA